UGUGUGAUCAGCCAAUACGCUGACACGCUCCACUUAAAUUACCUAUAUCCGGGAACGAAACAUUUUCCAUAUCAGAAUUGCGCAAACCAUUCAUUUUGCCAAAUCCAUAUACGUCGGUGUUUUACUACGUCUCACACACGUAUAAUACAUCGCACAGCUAGGUGAAUUAAAAAGGAAAGUGUGCUACUUGACAAACCGUUGACCAUGUCGCACCUGAGCCACGCCGAACGAGAAGCGUACACUGCGGCCUUUCUCAAGCUGGAUUUAGAUGGAAAUGGCGCCCUGGACAAAGACGAAUUCGCAGUCAUGUGUCGCGCUCUCGGCUUCACGUUCUCGCCGUCAACUCUCGACAGGCUGUUCAAUCAGAUGGAUUCGGAUGGCAAUGGGAAGAUAACUCUAGACGAAUUCCUUUCAGCAAUGUCUCACAAAUCAGUAGAAGAAACUCGAGAAGAGGCGAACCUGCGGCGUUCGUUCAACAAAAUCGACAAGGAUGGUGACGGCUAUCUCACCGCCGAAGAAUUCCGCCAAGCGCUUAAACUAGCCGGGCGAACGAUCACCUUGGAGCAUGCGCUUAAAAUGGUAGACAAAAUAGACACUGAUGGUGAUGGACGCGUUAGUUUAGAAGAAUACAUAGCAUAUGGCAAAUCAAAGAAAAAAUGAACAAAUGGUGGUACAAAUUCGUUGGAGAAUAACAACAAAAAACAUCAGCAAAACUAAGAAUACGAAAAGGAAAACAAUUGGUGAAACGUAACAAUUCAACAUUUGUUGUGCAGUUUUGAAAAUCCACCGGAUUUUAAAGGUGGAUGAAUAACAGUGUAUUCUAUUCAGACUGAGGGUCAUAUUAAUAUACCUAUGCGUUAUUCGGUGAUACAAACUGUGUGUUGUGAACAAUUCUGAAGUUUCAUCCAUAGAGGAAUGCAAACAAGACAUGUAAUGAACGGAAAACACAGAAGACGUAUCCUUGUUCAUAAGUUCCAGCACUAACGAAUCAGUUUUACCAUAGUCACAGCUCCCUGGUUGCCAAUUUAUGCAUUUUGUCUGUAUGUGACUAUUCUGAAGCGAGUGGUAUUAUACAAAGUAGUUUGAUAUAUUGAAAGAAAUUAUAAUCUGCACUGUAGUCAUUAUUAGAAGAAUUGCUAUGCUUCAUUCGUCUAGUGCUUAGUCUGAAUGAUUCAUUUAACGUUAUUUUCAAGCUUCUAUCCAAUUACGGGACACUACCUAAUUGGGCACACAGUCGGCGUCCAGCUCUGCGUUCUGCCAAACAGAACACAAAACAAAAGAAAACGUUCGCUAGUCUGGUUUAAGCGAUUCCAGUGGAAACGAUUCUAAUAGUUUGCGAACGUUAGCAUUACUCGCUAUUGCUGAACGCCAAUACGUGGGUAGGUGGGUGGGUUUUUUU